CCCAGCGCCGGCCGAGCGGCGGCGGCGGCGGGCCGAGGAGGAAAGAUGGCGGCGGGCUCGGAUCUGCUGGACGAGGUCUUCUUCAACAGCGAGGUGGACGAGAAAGUGGUGAGCGACCUGGUGGGCUCGCUCGAGUCGCAGCUGGCGGCCAGCGCGGCCCAGCACCACCACCUCGCGCCCCGCGCACCCGCCGGCGCGCUCGGGAACCACGCCGGAGCCGGAGCGGCCGAGGGCGCGCCCGCCGCGGCGCCGGAGCCGCCCCCCGCAGGUAGAGCGCGGCGCGGCCUGAGCGUGGCCGGAAGCCGGCCGGGCCCGCGUCCUCACCGCGCCGCCCCGCUUGUCCCCGCAGGGCCGGCCGCCAAGCUGAGCGCUCUCGAGGCCAGCGCGCCGCCGGGGCCCGGAGCCGGGGCCUGCUCGGGACCGGGGGCCGCGCCCGCGCCCGCCGUCAAGCCCGCCGCCCGCAACGGCCCGCCCGGCGGCCCCGGCGCCGCGCAAACUUUGAAUGGGAGCGCCGCGCCGGGGAACUCGCCGCGCGCCGCCGCACCUGCCGCCAGCCUGCUGCUCAACGGGCCCGCCGCCCGCACGCCGCCCCGCCUCGGCGCGCCCGCCGCGCCCGCGCCCCCUGCCCCCUCACCCCCCGCGCCCCCCGCGCCCGCUGCGCCCGCUGCCGCCCCGCCGCCGCCGCCGCCCGCCGUCGCCAGCCUGGCCCGGCCGCCCGGUGCCCCGGCGGGCCCCCCGGCGGCCGCGCAGAACGGGGGCAGCGCCGCACCCGCCCCGGCCCCGGCCCCCGCGCCCGCUCCCGCCCCGGCCCCAGCGCCCGCUCCCGCCCCGGCGCCCGCCGCCAACAGUCAGCCCGGGCCCGCCGCGCCGCCCGCGCAGGUGGCCAAGGCCGACUCGCCCAAGACCGCGGCGCCGCCGGCGCCCCCGCCGCCGCAGACCCUGGCGGCCAGCUGCCCGGCCGGCGCGGGGCCUGGCAUGAUCCUCGGGCCAACUAUGCAAGGGGCGCUGCCCGCCGCCGCCGCCGCCGCCGCCGCCGGCACCCCCACCGGGCUGCCCAAGGGCUCGGCCAGCGCUGUCGCCCAGAGCCUGCCCCGCACGCCCUCGGUCACCACCAGCGGGAUCCGGGCCACGCUGACGCCCACCGUCUUGGCCCCUCGUCUGCCACAGCCGCCCCAGAACCCGACCAACAUCCAGAACUUUCAGCUGCCCCCAGGUAUGGUCCUCGUGCGCAGCGAGAAUGGGCAGUUGUUAAUGAUUCCUCAGCAGGCCUUGGCCCAGAUGCAGGCCCAGGCCCACGCCCAGGCCCAGCCUCAGACCACCAUGGCGCCCCGCCCUGCAACCCCCACAAGUGCCCCUCCUGUCCAGAUCUCCACCGUACAGGCACCUGGGACCCCUAUUAUUGCACGGCAGGUGACCCCAACGACCAUAAUUAAGCAAGUGUCUCAGGCCCAGACGGCGGUACAGCCCCCCACGGCGUUACAGCGCUCGCCCGGAGUGCAGCCUCAGCUUGUUUUGGGUGGCACUGCCCAGACACCCUCACUCGGGACGGCAACGGCUGUUCAGACGGGGACACCUCAGCGAACAGUCCCAGGGGCCAGCACCACCUCCACGGCUGCCACGGAAACUAUGGAAAACGUGAAGAAAUGUAAAAAUUUUCUAUCUACGUUAAUCAAACUGGCGUCAUCGGGUAAACAGUCCACAGAGACAGCGGCUAAUGUGAAAGAGCUGGUGCAGCACCUGCUGGAUGGAAAAAUCGAAGCAGAAGAUUUCACUAGUAGGUUAUACCGAGAACUUAAUUCUUCACCUCAACCUUACCUUGUGCCUUUCCUGAAGAGGAGCUUGCCGGCCUUGAGACAGCUGACCCCCGACUCCGCAGCCUUCAUCCAGCAGAGCCAGCAGCAGCAGCCGCCCGCCUCGCAGGCCAGCACCGCGCUCACGGCUGUGGUGCUGAGCAGCUCUGUCCAGCGCACGGCCGGGAAGACGGCGGCCACCGUGACCAGCGCCCUCCAGCCCCCUGUCAUCAGCCUCACGCAGCCCACACAGGUUGGCGUUGGCAAGCAGGGGCAGCCCACGCCGCUGGUGAUCCAGCAGCCGCCGAAGCCUGGAGCGCUGAUGCGGCCCCCGCAGGUGGCGCUGACGCAGACGCCCAUGGUGGCCCUCCGGCAGCCCCAUAGCCGCAUCGUGCUCACGGCGCCCCAGCAGGUCCAGCUCAGCCAGCUGCAGCCAGUCCCUGUGGUGAAGCCUGCCGUGUUACCUGGAACCAAAGCCCUUUCAGCUGUCUCAGCCCAGGCAGCUGCUGCACAGAAAAAUAAACUCAAGGAGCCUGGGGGAGGCUCGUUUCGGGACGACGACGACAUUAAUGAUGUUGCGUCGAUGGCUGGAGUGAACCUGUCGGAAGAAAGUGCAAGAAUAUUAGCCACAAACUCGGAGCUGGUGGGCACCCUCACGCGGUCCUGUAAGGACGAGACCUUCCUCCUCCCAGCGCCGUUGCAGAGACGAAUACUAGAAAUAGGUAAGAAACACGGCAUAACGGAGUUACACCCAGACGUGGUGAGUUACGUAUCACAUGCCACGCAACAGAGGCUGCAGAACCUCGUAGAAAAAAUAUCAGAAACGGCUCAGCAAAAGAACUUCUCCUAUAAGGAUGAUGACAGAUAUGAGCAGGCAAGUGAUGUCCGGGCUCAGCUCAAAUUUUUCGAGCAGCUUGACCAAAUCGAAAAACAGAGGAAAGAUGAGCAGGAAAGAGAAAUCUUAAUGCGAGCAGCAAAGUCUCGGUCCAGACAAGAAGAUCCAGAACAAUUAAGGUUGAAACAGAAGGCAAAAGAGAUGCAGCAGCAGGAGCUGGCACAGAUGAGGCAGCGCGACGCCAACCUCACGGCGCUGGCCGCCAUUGGGCCCAGGAAAAAGAGGAAAGUGGACUCUCCAGGACCUGGGUCGGGGACAGAGGGGUCGGGCCCGGGCUCGGCGGUCCCAGGCAGCUCCGGCGUCGGAACCCCCCGACAGUUCACGCGACAAAGGAUCACGCGGGUCAACCUCAGGGACCUCAUAUUUUGUUUAGAAAAUGAACGCGAGACAAGCCAUUCACUGUUGCUCUACAAAGCGUUCCUUAAGUAGCACAGGACGGGCGGCACCUCGGAGAGAGACGCCUGGGGACGUUUUUAUAUAUUUGCAGAUUACGCCUUUUUGUAACAAGCAAAUGGGAUAUUGUUUAAAAAACAGCCACCUCUUUGCAACGGAACAGUUUUAUAUUCCUGUUUCUAAGUCAGCUCUUCAGUGCGGAAGCAAACUCGUUUCUGUAACAGAAUUCAGAAGCCCGUGGACUCUUAAAGGACAAUGAAAUCCUAACUCAUCUUUGAUUGAGUGGCCUUCUUGCCAAACAAGCCAUAUAUAAAAACUGAUGGAAUCGUUUAGCAAAUAAUUAGCCGCCCUCUGUCACCUCGUAGCGGUCUUUACAUUACUUGUGCAUUUGGUUUAGUUCAACCCCACUUACUACAUAGGUGUGUGUCUGCAGCCAAUGACCUCAUUUCAUUUAUUUUAUUUUUAUAUUAGUCAGUUGGCAAAGCAAACUGAUUUUUUAGACUAUUUAUCUUUCCCCCCUCCUCCCCCUCCGCUCAGAAUUCUCGAGGAACACACAAUUCAUCUAAACACCCCUCCUCGGAGUUCAGUCACUUUUUCUGGUUAGUGGAGCCCAGUGCUGGCGGCCCCUCUGAAUGUGUGGUCAGCAUCUGUACAAACGCAUUUUAUUUGCUAUAGUUUGUAAAGCUGUAAAGUUAAAAGAAAUGAAAACCUUUUCAGCAUAAAUAUAUUUUACUUGCACUGUGUUUUUUAGCUAAAAGUGAAAGCUUAGAUGAAAUAAAAUCAAAGUUGAGAAGAAUCAUCAAAAGAAUGUUUCUCAGUGUGAAUCAAGUGUUGAAAAAUGGUUGGUGUAUUUUGUCGGUAAUUGUACAUAAUUUUUGGCACAUAACAUAAAAAUGGCUACGUAAACUAGAAUUAUUUUGCUAAGAGACUGUACGCGCGCUGUGGGCCAACUUUACAGAUGUCCAGAGCAAAGCCCCUUCUUUGUACCUAUUUUUUUAUUACAAAUAUACUAAUUGGUUCUUUAUAUUUUCAGAGGUUAUUGUAUUAAAUUGUCUAUUGAUAGUACUUUUAUGACUGUAAAUACUUUGGCUUCCCCCGUGUGAACCCUCACGUUAGACCUUGAUUCGCGCGCGUGCGAACGGAAUGCUGACCAGUAUUUUUUAUCAACACCUGAGAACUGUUACGCCUUUUAUUUUGUCUUUUAGGAAAUCCGUCUUUCCAUUUUUUCAUGUAAAUUUUGCACAGUUACUUGUUCAUAUGUAAAUAUUUUACUUUCAAAAAUGAAGUUUUUAAUUGCUAUUGUUUUAUAUAGGGUUGAAAGAAAAUUAACUCCUUUAUUAAAAACAAAUUUAUCUGUA